GAGUCAUUUGGAAAUUCGAGACGUUGACAGAAGACUCCCGCAACUUUGACGAUAACUCCAAAAAAAAAAAAAAAGAAAAAGAAAAAAAAAAAGUUUUUAAAAAUUAUUUAAACAAAUUACAUUAUAAAUAUUAUUAAUAAUUAUUAUUUUUUAUAUUUUUAUUUUUCCAUUAUUAUAACCGUUAUUUUGUGUGUCGUAUUAAAUUACCGUGGAGUAAAAACGAAAAAAAAAAAAAAGUGAAUUUUAUAUUUAUUUAUCGGGAAAGAAAAAAAAAAAAAAAAAAACAACGAGGCAACAAAAUAAAUACAUCAGGGUUUGAUAUAUCAAGUUCAUAAUAAAGUCAAUUUUAUUUGAAAAUAAAGAAAAAAAAUAAAAAUAUCAAAGACGCUUCUUCAUAACGGACAUCACGUACCAAGUGUAUGUGUGGUGGUACCAAGUGGUGGUGUUGUUGUAAUUGUGAUUAGUGGUAAUUUCGUUUUAAACUUGAGAAAUUUUUGUGUUGGAUUAUAAAUAUUAAAAAUGAAGUGGUCACCACCUGGUCCACCUUUUUGCGAACAAGUUAAAAGUGUAACUUGUGUAUUUACUGGAUGGAAUACAUGUGAAAAAACAAUUGUAUUAUAUGCAUUAUUGAGAAUGAUACCACCAGUACAAGCUAAAUUUUUAUCACAAGCAUUACAACAUUCAUUGCAGUCGAAUGAUUCAUUAGAUGAUACAGAAACAAAUGCAAAUAGUCCAGUAUUUAUAAAAAGAUUAUUAAAAUCAGAAACAACUGAAGUUGCAAUUAAUCAAUUAUUAUCACAUUUACCACUUCUUCGUCCUGGUAAUGUUGAUUGUAAAGAGUGUUAUUUGAUGGCAAUACCAGAACUUGUUAGUACAUGUGUUGCAACUGGUAAAUAUACUGAACAAAUACAACAAUUAUUGAGUUAUACACUUAUACAUCCAGCAAUUGCUAGUCAAGAUCGUCGUGCAUUAACACAAUGGUUACGUCAAAUUGAAGAAAGAAUAACUGGUACACCAAUUGAUGAAUUUACAAGACCAUUACCAACAAGAUGGGAUUACAUAUGCCAAGGAAAAACAAAUAAACAUCAACCACAACAAGCACAGCAACAGCAACAGCAGCAACAACAACAGCAGCAACAACAAGGAAAAAUUAAUAAUUCAUACAAUUUACAUUCUGGUAAUACAUUUAUUGUUCAAUAUCCAUUACCUGUUGGUCGUCAAAGACGAUCAAACAGUUUGACACCACCUAUUGCACCUUCACAUCAUCAUGAGAUUGCUGAGAGAAGUAAUAAUUUAAAUAAUACAACACGUCAAAAGCCAAGAAGCUACAGUGUUUCAGUCGACAAUCAAUGUGUAAUUAGUUUGGGUCGUCAAAGUCCACCAAGUUCUUGUGCAAGUAGUGGUAGUGAAGGUCGUCUUGAUGUUCCAUCAAAUCAAAAAUUUACAAGUAACAUUGGAAAUAUGCUUGUGUGGCUUAAAAGUUUACGUCUUCAUAAAUACAGUUAUUUAUUUACAACAAUGUGUUAUGAAGAUAUGUUAAAUUUAACAGAAGAUCAAUUAGCAGAUAAAGGUGUUACACAAGGUGCAAGACAUAAAUUGGCAUUAUCAAUACAAAAACUUCAUGAACGUUAUUCAACACUACUUAAUCUUGAUAAAAAAUUAGAUGAAAAAUUAAUUGAUGAAUCUGAUUUUCUUGGUUUAAAUCAAGAAGCAGUUACAUUGUAUUGUAACAUUGUAGAAGAAUUAAAUUCAAUUCUUUUAACACCAAUUUAUCGUAGUAAAGAUGAUGAUACAUCAGAUCGUCCUGAGCAUGAUAUACCAUUACAAUUUAUUCAAGUACUUUGUAAAUUAUGUAGUAAAUUAUCACCAGAUACAUCAGAUGAACAACUUCUAUGUGGUUGUUUUAAUAUUUUGGAAAAAGUAUUGCAACAUGAAUGCUUUACAUCUGAACAAAAAGAAUUGAUUAAACCAUGGCACAGUCGUCUUGGAACUCCACGUGUUAUGCAAAAAAUGCAACAUGGAAACUUUAGUUAUGUUAGAAGAUACAAUCCACCAGCUCACAGUAGAAAAUCAAACUCUCACAUGAAUAUUGGUCUUCUUCAUAAUAAUCAUCAACAACAGAAUAAUCUCAUGAUGAAUCAUCAAAAUUUUAUGCAACAGUAUGGACACAAUAAUCAUGUACAUGGAAUUUCUCAGAGUAUCAUCAAUGCCAAUUACAGCACAGCCAAACGAUCAAGUCUUCAAGAAAACAGAAUUGAACAUCAACAAAGGCCACUUCAACGUACAAACAGUGCACCACGUGAUCAUUUUCUCAGUCAAUCAAGUGGAUCUCCAUCAAUGGAUCAAACUGAUCCAGAAAUAAAUUUACGCUUGGAAUCAUUAUGUCUGAGGAUGACAGAACAAGCUAUUGGUGGUUUUGGUGAGAUAUAAGUUUUAAAAUUAUUUUCAAAUAAAAUCAUUGAAUGUCUUAAAUUGACAAAAGCCUUCACCAAAUUGCCACAUUCAUUAAUUAACGACAUUUUUAAAUGGCAAAUCAAUCACUACAAAGCAAAACAAAAAAAACAUUUUUUACAAACUACAUAAAUCAACAAAACAAAAUCUCAAUGACAAAAGUAGAGAAAGUAAAAAAAUUUUAAUAAUUAUUAUCUAAUGUUUGUUUGUCUCGAUAUAAUUUUUAGUUAAUUGUCUAUCACUUAUUUCUUUACUUUAUAUUUUUUUUAAAAAACUAAAUCUUUUUGCAAUUGUAAUUAACAUAAUUUAUAAACUGACACAUUUGGCAUGCCAAAUGUUUUAAAGUAGAAAGAUAGAUUCUUUCUUUUUUAUAAUUAAAAAAACACAACUUCAAUAUCGAAGAAAUAUUAUAUUCAUACAUAAUUAUAUAUAUUUAUAUAUAUAUAAAUUAUAAAUUUAAAAGGUUAUUAACUCUAAACGUAAAUAAACAAAAAAAAAAUAAUUUUUUUUAAAUACUAAAAAAUAGAUAUAAUUAUUACUAAUAGAAAAAUGAUAAAAAAAAAAAAGUAAAAAACGAAAAAAAAAACAACAAAAAAAGGUAAAAUAAUAAUGAAAGAAGAAAAUGAUAAAAAAAAAAAAAAAAAAAAUUGAUAGAAAACUAAGGCAAAAGUUGCGCGCGAUAUUGCAAUAUUGUUUUAUGUUAUCCAUUUCGGGAAGUGGAAUUCUUCUGAUUUAAAAAAAUAAAAAAAAAAAAAUGUUUUUACAAAAAAAAAAAAUAAAUAAAUAAACUUGAAUGACGUAUGUAUGUGUGUAUUUUUUUUCUGCAGUGCAACGAUAGAAUAAAUGGAUAAUAAGAAAAUAUCGUGUACGUAGUUAUUGUUUAAUUUUAAAAAGUAAAUUUGACUGAUUUUUCAAUUUUAAAAUUCCGUUUGUGAAUACAUUUUUAAUUUGUAUGACACGUUGAACGGUUUAAAAAAAGGCAAAAAAAUAAAUAAUAAUAAUUUACAUAUUAUUAACAAUUUAGAAUUAAGUAUACAUAUAAUUAUUUGAAUGAAAAUUAAUUGGUUAAGGGGCUUUUAAUGCGAGACUUAAUAUAAAUUUCAGUAAUGAUUUUUUUUUAAUUUUUAACAAUUUUUGUUUGUUUAAUUUUUGUCGAAUGAAUUAAUGAUAAAUAUAUAUAUAUUUAUAAAUUGAUAUAGCUUGAUAACACAAUCAUCACUAUGAUAAAUUUUAAUUAAAUUAAUUUGACGAUAUAUUUUAUAUCAAAUAAAGAAUAAUUCUUUAUUUUAACGCUCUUAAAUCAACAAGCGGUAAUCAAUCAAUAUUUUUUUUAUAAUAUAGUUGAUGGUUAGACACAGUCACCCGAAAUUAUUUUCGAAAAUUAUAAGUAUAAAUACUCGAUUAUAUAAAUCAUUUUUAAAAAUUAUUGUAAUGCUUUUAACAUCGAAAUUUUGUGGCUUUAGAUCAUAAGCGUGCGUUGUAAAAAAAAAAACAUUUUAAAAAAAUAUUAUUAUUACGUAUGACAACUAAUGCGAUCCCUUAACAUUAUUUUUUGUGCAAAAAUGAAAUUAAAAUCUAUCGUAUAAUGUUAAACUAAAAUGAUAGAUAAAAAAAAAAACAAUGAAAGACUGACAAUUUCACGUGCCAAUGUAGCCAAGAAAAAAAAAAAUAAAAAAAGAGUUAUAAUUAUUUGAAUCAAUUUUAUAGAAUUAAAAUUGAAUUCAUUAUAUUUUUUUUUUUUUCGUUUUCGUUUUCGUUCAUCAAAAUGAGCAAAUUGUGACUUCUACUUUUGGCACGUGAAUGAAACAAUUGGAAGACUGCGGAAAGGAUAAAUAAAACCUGUCAAAAUAGUAAUGAUUAGACGAAAGGUAUUUAAAAAAAUUUAAAAAAUACAAAAAAAAAAUUUUAAAAAAAUUUAAAAAACAAAAAAAAAAUGAUAGAGAGUGCUAGUUUAGUAAUUUAGAUUUAUUAUUCUGAAUAGAAUCAUACUAUUAAAUUUAGAAAAAAAAUGAUAAGCUACUGGUGAUUGCUUGAAAAAAAAAUAAAAAAAUAAAAAAAAUAAACCAAGCAAUUAUAAUAUUCAUGGAUUGAAAUAAAAUAAUUUUUAAAAAAUGUUGCUUUGUGGUGCGACGUAUGUAAG